AUGCUCACUCGAGUGAAAUCUGCCGUGGCCAAUUUCAUGGGCGGCAUCAUGGCUGGCAGCUCAGGCUCCGAGCACGGCGGCGGCGGCGGCGGCGGAGGCUCGGACCUGCCCCUGCGCUUCCCCUACGGGCGACCCGAGUUCCUGGGGCUGUCUCAGGACGAGGUGGAGUGCAGCGCCGACCACAUCGCCCGCCCCAUCCUCAUUCUCAAGGAGACCCGGCGGCUGCCCUGGGCCACUGGCUACGCAGAGGUUAUCAAUGCCGGGAAGAGCGCACACAAUGAAGACCAAGCCAGCUGUGAGGUGCUCACCGUGAAGAAGAAAGCAGGGGCCAUUACCUCAACCCCAAACAGGAACUCAGCUAAGAGACGGUCCUCACUUCCCAACGGGGAGGGGCUGCAGCUCAAGGAGAACUCGGAAUCAGAAGGCGUUUCCUGCCACUACUGGUCGCUGUUUGACGGUCACGCGGGGUCCGGGGCUGCUGUGGUGGCAUCCCGCCUGCUGCAGCACCACGUCACGGAGCAGCUGCAGGACAUUGUGGAGAUCCUGAAGAACUCGGCCGUGCUGCCGCCCACCUGCCUGGGCGAGGAGCCCGACCACACACCCGCGAACAGCCGGACUCUGACCCGCGCGGCCUCGCUCCGCGGAGGGGUGGGCGCCCCCGGCUCCCCCAGCGCCCCGCCCACGCGCUUUUUCACCGAGAAGAAGAUCCCGCACGAGUGCCUCGUCAUCGGGGCUCUUGAAAGUGCGUUCAAGGAAAUGGACCUACAAAUCGAACGAGAGAGGAGUUCAUACAAUAUAUCUGGUGGUUGCACAGCCCUCAUUGUGAUUUGCCUUUUGGGGAAGCUGUACGUGGCAAAUGCUGGGGACAGCAGGGCCAUAAUCAUCAGAAAUGGAGAAAUCAUCCCCAUGUCUUCGGAAUUCACCCCUGAGACUGAGCGCCAGCGACUUCAGUACCUGGCAUUCAUGCAGCCUCACUUGCUGGGAAAUGAGUUCACACAUUUGGAGUUUCCAAGGAGAGUACAGAGAAAGGAACUUGGGAAGAAGAUGCUCUACAGGGAUUUUAAUAUGACAGGCUGGGCAUACAAAACCAUUGAGGAUGAUGACUUGAAGUUUCCCCUUAUAUAUGGAGAAGGCAAGAAGGCCCGAGUAAUGGCGACUAUUGGAGUGACCAGGGGACUUGGGGACCAUGACCUCAAGGUGCAUGACUCCAACAUCUACAUAAAACCAUUCCUGUCUUCAGCUCCAGAGGUAAGAGUCUACGAUCUCUCCAGAUACGAGCAUGGAGCAGACGAUGUGCUGAUCUUGGCCACUGAUGGACUCUGGGAUGUUUUAUCAAAUGAAGAAGUGGCAGAAGCAAUCACUCAGUUUCUCCCUCACUGUGAUGCAGAUGACCCUCACAGGUACACACUGGCGGCUCAGGACCUGGUGAUGCGUGCCCGUGGCGUCCUGAAGGACAGAGGAUGGCGGAUAUCCAAUGACCGACUGGGCUCAGGAGACGACAUCUCUGUAUAUGUCAUUCCUUUAAUACAUGGAAACAAACUGUCAUGAAAACAGCCCAGGGUUUUAGAAGGACAGAAGGGAAGAAAGCUGGGGUGCCUCUGGGCAGGGCGGGGCUGGGAAGUGCCCCAGCAGAGUUCCAGAUGAUGCCACCUCUUUCCUGCCCAGGUGGGAAGCUUGCUGCUGAAAGGCCUCUGGCUGAGCUUCAAGAGGACCCUCGGGUUUCAGUUUCCUCUUUAGUAACAGGUCUGGAUACUCAACAAGAGCAAAACA